GUUCAAGGCAUCUUUUCUCUAAAAAAAAAAAAAAAAAAUAGCCACAUUGAGCAAAAUGAAGGGGUGUGGGAGAGGGUGCAGGGAUAUCUGUCAAUCUCAGUAUUAUUUUUUUUUUUCCUCAAAUAAAAUGUUAAGUAGGCAUGCACCAACUAGGGAUGCCCCGAGCAGAUCUGUAUCGAGGCCAAUCAAGGGAUUCUUUUUUUUUUUCUUUCUUUUAAUUGAUAUCUACCCUCAAGCUUGAACCAUUUCUUAUCCUUUGUUUAUAUUUUACUCUUUGUGCAACAAAACUUAGCAAUCAAGUGAGGGAGAUGUCAAUCAAUCACACUGUCCUGAGAGAAGGUAUUAUCAGCCCAACAAGUGGGUAAAACCUAUGGGUUUCCUUAGGGUGUCCUUUAAAAAAAAUAUAUAAUUUUUUUAAAAAUUAAUAAAGCGUUGUUCAGAACUGCAGUUUUUUACUAGGCUACCUAGAAACCACACAACUGUUUACAAAGAAAAAAAUAUAAAUACUGGAUUGGGACUUGGUAUUGGCAGAAUUAUAAUUUGAAUUUGCUCAGAUUGGAAACAAAAAGAAAUGUUCGGGACGUCCCUACGCCACAAAGCAUGCAAGAUAGAUUAACUAAUCUGUUCUGCAUGCCAGACUAGAUUCCCAAAGUGUCAGCUACAGUUAUUUUCAGCAGAUGUUGUGGACGUUUAUUAGCAUAUAAUGUGGGUUUAAAUUAAAAUAAGCGCACAAACUGCCUUUGGCUUUCACUUGCUUCAUGUGCCAAAGCAUUGUAGUGUAUUUAGACAUGUGCAUUUGUGUUCCCAAAUUUCCACUAACAUGCAAGCUAAAAAAUUAGUAUGAAGCCUCUGCUUGAUGUUGCAGUAAAACAAUGCUUAGUCUUUAUUGAUUGACCCUCUCCACACAUGACUCUGAAAGAGUUCAGUGAAUCUCACGUUUAACAGUGGUGUUUCUUUUGUUGUUGUGUUUUACAGUUCUUUUUCCUGGUUCAGCCAGCCCUAUAUACCAGGCCCUGCUGAAAAUGCCACCAACAGUUUUGUCUUCUGCAGCCUUAUCCCGUUUCUCAAGUGUCUUUUCUGUUUGUGUGUGUGUGCGAGUGCGUGCGUGUCUCUCUCUCCCCCCCUCUCCCUCUUUUUUUUUUUUAUAAAGUAAAAAUGUCAGAUUUAAAAAUAGCCUGUUUUCCAGAUUGCACAACCAUGGAUGAUCAUCUCUUUUAAGAUUCUCCCUUUGAUUUUUAACUGUUUGGUUUUUUCUUCAGCUUUGGGCACAUUUUCAUGUUUUUAUCACGGCUUUUGCUGGUACUAGCCCAUAACUGUUUAGUGCAAAUUAUCUUGGACAUUGUGUAUUUAUUUUGUGACAUACUGUUGACUAACACCAGAACUGUAGUUUAGUAGUAGUAGUUUAUCAUGUUGCAAAGCAGGGUUUGUUUUUGUCUUUUUUUCUGUGGUGGUAUUGUUAAAAAGUAAGCACAAUCAAUAGCCCAGAAAAGGUAAAAUGACUGAACCUUUUUCUGUUUGUUCUUUUUUUGUAUUGGUAGUGGUAAGUGUUGUUGAAAUGUACUUUUGUGUCUACGCCCAAAUCAUGAACUCUUGUUUUCUGUAUCUCAAUGUUUUUGUGUGCUUUAUAGCGAAGCAGCCGGCGCGAGUCGCUUGUUCAUAAAACAUCUAAUGAAAGUUGAGAGCACAUCCCACGGGACAACUGGCUGUGCUUGCUUACGUUUGGUUCAUGACUUAAAAAUCAAGUGCAGGAGUCAUUCCUGAUGAAUCUAAAGCUAUGUCGCUGUUGGCUCCAGCCAAUGCCGUGGCAGGAAUGAUGCCUGGCGGAGGCCUUCUUCCAACACCCAAUCCUCUGGCAGCAAUGGGAGGGACGCCAUUCGGAGGUCUCGGCGCUCCCAACAUGGAGCAAAUGGCUGCCAUGGGAAUGCAAGGACCAAACAUGAACCCCCAGGCUCUUUCCGCAGACUUCCUGAAGCUCAUGCAGUCCAUGGAUCCCAAAUUGAAUCCAUUAGCGGCCGGGCUGAACUUGAACCCAGGGCUCAAGAGCGACGCCUCCAACAAGGAGAUUGAAGAGGCCAUGAAGAGAGUCCGAGAGGCCCAGUCUCUCAUUUCUGCAGCGAUCGAACCCGGAAAUAAGAAAGAUGACAAGCGUAAACAUUCCCGCUCUCGUUCGCGGUCUCGGCGCCGGCGGUCCAGAUCUCGCUCAAGACACAGACGUUCGAAGAGCAGGUCUCGGCGGAGGUCCCAUUCGAGGAAUAGGAGGAGGUCCAAGAGCCCACGAAGGAGGAGGUCCCACUCCCGGGAUAGAACCCGCCGCAGUAGAUCGAGGGACAGGAGGAAGGAGGAAAAAUCUAAGAAAAGGUCCAAAACGCCUCCCAAGAGCUACAGCAGUGCCAGGAGAUCUCGAAGCAUCAGUCGGAGGCACAGGCGAAGCCGCAGUGCGUCUCGCUCCCCCAAGAGGAAGCCAACCAGGUCUCCGUCGCCCAGACGUCACAAGAAGGAGAAGAAGAAGGACAAGGAGCGUGAGAAGGAGCGGGACCGAGACAGGAGGGAGGACAGGGACCGCAGCAGAGACGAAAGAGAACGUUCCGCCAGUAAAAAGAAGAAGAGCAAGGACAAGGACAAGGAAAAGGACAAGGAACGAGAGCGAGACCGCAAGUCUGACAGUGAGAAAGGAGACGUUAAGGUGACCCGGGAUUAUGAUGAGGAGGAGCAAGGUUAUGACAGUGAAAAGGAAAGAGAGGAGGAGGAGGACGACGACAACGAGAGGAAGAGCGACUCCGACUCGGCCUCGUCCCCCAAAGGCCAGAAGGAGAUGGAGCGAUCCGAGGGCCAAAUUCCCAAAAAGUCCAAACUAAACGGAGACGAUCACCAUCAGGAAGAUAUGGAGAUGAGUGAUUAAGAACCUCCCCCGAGAGCAAACGUGAACGCGUUUUCUUUCCACUGUCCUUUUAUAUUUUUAAUAUAGGCCACAAAAUGUCUGUACCUGAUCACUCGGUUAAAAAGAUUUGUUGUCUUAAUUGUAGACGCCUCCUGGCAGGGAAGGGGUGUAGAAGGAGACGUCCAAUUUUUGUAAAGACAUGAGAAAAAACCAAGACUAAAAGAUGAAUCAUGUGAGACGUGGUUUUAAAUUGUUAUUGCUGUACCUUUUUUAAGAUCCUGUUCAUUUUUGCUUAGUGUUCAAACCUCGUCUUCCUGACGGUAGAAUACGCAGCGUUUUCUCACGGAAAUGCUGAGUUUGUAAAUAUUUUACUGGUCAGGAAUCAACCCUUUCCUUAGACUGUUAGUGUUGCACCAGCUUCAUGUUUCUUUAAAUGCCUUUUUCUUUAUUUUUGGUCGCAGAACCGUUUUUGCUUCAACUGUGAUGCACCCACUCGUGUUUCAGCUGACCUUCCUAUUUACAGCGCUUUGUAAUUGUCCACUGUAGACUGAUAUAUGUUACAAUGAUAAACUUUGUCUGCAAUAGGUUUUCCAAAGGAAACAAAUAAAAUCAGAUCAAACUGA